AUGGAGGCCCCCCUGGACGUGCCCGUAGGGAACCUGAUUGACUUUGAUGCUGAAACCCCCACUUGCAUCCCCUCGGAGCCCUCUCCUCCCACCGUCCCCAGUGGCAACGGGCACCUGGGGGACGCAGGGGAUGAUGCCGGAGAGGAGAGCGAUGCCACCGAGUCGGCGGACAGCGAGAAUGACAUGGGCGACUCUCCGAGGCGCUGGGGCGGCUACCACCGCUCCUCCUCCAACGAGUCCUUCUCCUCCAGCCAGAGCACCGAGUCGGCCCGGGACGAGGCGAUGGCUGAGCGCCGGGAGUUCAUGCGGCACUACGUGGAGAAGAUCUUCACCGGCGGAGAGGACCUGGACCAAGAAGAGAAGGCCAGGUUUGGCGAGCUCUGCAGCGGCGAGAACGGGAAGGGCAGGGAGUGGUUCGCGAGAUACGUGAGCGCCCAGCGCUGCAACUCCAAGUGUGUCUCGGAGCAGACCUUCUACCGCCUGAUGCAGUCCUUCGCCCUUGUGCUCUUUGAGUGUCACCAGAUGGAUGACUUCAGCCCUGCCAAGAACCUCAUGACCAUGUGUUUCACCUACUACUACGUGGGCAAGACCCACGCGCUGCCCUUGGAGGCCAAGGAGAAGCCCAUGGGCAGCAUUGACUCGUACCUGAAGUCAGCCAACACCUGGCUGGCGGAGAAGAAGGACAUCGCGGAGCGGCUGCUGAAAAACACCUCGGCCAAGACGGAGAAUGUCAAGGGCUUCUUCGGGGGCCUGGAGACCAAACUGAAGGGUCCUACCACCAAAAAGAGCGACGAAGGCGAGGACAAACCGAAGGAGAAGCUGAAGAAGACGGUUUCUGUGCAGAGCCCAGAGGAGGAGAAGAAAGGCGAGAAGAUCUACCUGUACAUGCACCUCAAGCAGCAGCCGAUCUGGUAA